CCGACGAGCCAGUCUCUCCCGCUUUUCUCGCCGCGUCGGUCGGUCUUUUCUCGGUCCGCAUCUCCGUUUUCCCAGUGUACCAGUGCCUCGAGUGCCUCGAAAAUAUUGUCAAAAAAUAGAAGCAAGAGGCCAUACAAGUAAUAAAUAAAAACCAGCCAAGAAAGGCCAACCGUGAAAAUAUACACGCGAAUUCCUGGCGUCAACUGUCGGCGACAGCGGCAUUUUCCAGCACAAUGUUGCUCCUCUGCAUUCGGCGAUUUUAGUGGCGGCACAAAGUUUUUCGCUUGGCUGGCAAACGUUAGAGAUGGCCCCAAAUGGAUUCAGUCGGACAUCGGCGGCGGCAGCUGCCUAGGAAUCCUGGAGAGCUGGGAGCUGGGAGCCGGGACCAAAACCGAAACCUCAAGCCCCACUCCGCAUCCGAAAACAAAAAGAAAAACAAAACUGAAACCAAAACCGAAUACGAAUACGAAACCGAGAACCCUGACUCGAAAAUAAUGCGCUGCAGCAGCGGACAUCAUUGAAGUUGACAACACUUCGGCCGCAAAGUUGAGAGGACAGGGUUAAAGGAAUUCUCGGGGAUCCGGAGGAGAACAAUGGUCAUCCAGUGCACAUGUGAUUGCAACUGCAGUGAUAGUAGAGACAACCGGAGCAUCAUAUCCUGCCUGCUGCCGGGUCGCAGUCAGCCGCACAAGCAGGGCUCCUCCUCCUUCGGCGGCGAUGAUAUUAUGGAGCAGAGGACCCCCUACUACCGCCGGCUAUCGAAUACCUCAUCGGCGCUCUACGGCAGCUGUCCCCAGUUGUUGCCCAGUGGCUCCGCUAGCCAGCCCCACCACUCCUGGCUGAGGGUGCCCAAGAAUCCGCAGGAGAAUCCGCACGGGAAUCCCGAGAACCCGCGACAGUACUCGAGUCUGGUGCGGCCCAAGCAACGCAGUCCCGUGCUGUGCAACAAAUCCUGGUGGGUCUCAUGUCCGCGGCUCUCCUACUUGCCCACUGAGCAGGCGACGAUGCAGUCCGCGGCCACGCCCACCCGACACUGUCACGGUGGCGGAGGGGGAGGAGGGGUGGCUUCCAACCCUGCCCCUCAAACCACCAGCACGCCACCCACUCUGCCCAGAUUCCCGAGCAAACGGCACUGUGACAAUUUUGGCAGCUACGCCACACUGCCCACCAUUGAGCAGCAAAUGCCCAUGAUGCCCCACUGCAGUCGACACGGCGGUGGUGGCGGUCACGUGGGUGGUGCCGUAGUGGGCGGCGUAAUGCCCGCCCCGCCGCCGCCCCGCUACGCAAAUCCCAAUUUGAAUGGCUGCUGCUACAUGUACAACCCCGUGCCACCCCACCAAAGCCACCAGAGCCACCUUCCGCACGGCCAGCACCACCCGCAGCACCACCAGCUGCCGCCCCAGCACCUCCCACAGCACCACCCCGCCCAGUUCGCGCCGCAGUACUGCCUGUGCGAUAAUUGGUACCACCAGCCACCGCCGCCGCAGCAACAGCACCACCAGCAGAGGGCCAAGAACCUGGUGGCCAACGGGGGCUGCUAUUUCGGCUACGAGGCGAACCACCAUCCCACUCUGCAUGCCACGCCCCCUCAUCCCAGCCACAUCACCGACGAGGAGGACUCCGCCUUUCCGGGACUCGCCGAUCGGGAGUUCCACCUCCUGCACCGGAACAUUCCGGCUCUGCGACGAACCGGAGUGGACACCACACGCAUUAGACAGUACUUUUAUCCCGACGGCGGCUGGGGCUGGAUCAUCUGCGGCGUGUCCUUUCUGGUCCACAUCCUGACCACCGGACUGCAGCUCAGCUACGGCCUUUUGUGGUUCUACGCCGUACAGUAUUUGCAUAAUACCAGUGGCAUAGAACUGCUGGGCGCUCUGAGCUGGUCAGUUUCCAUGGUGGCCACCUCGUUUGUGGUGUCCCUCUGCCGAAAGCGCUCCAUCCGCCUCCUGUCCAUCGUGGGCGGCCUGGUGAUGCCCCUGGGCAUACUGUUCACCUCAUUUGCCACGGAGUUUGGCCAGGUUGUUUUCAGUUAUGGCAUCGUCUUCGGGGUCGGAGUCGCCAUGGUGCGGGAGGCGUCCACCGUGAUGCUGGGCAAUUACUUUAAGCGGCGCCGUCAAUUCGUCGAGAUGGUGGCCAUGUCCGGCGAGGGAGUGGGCAUCGCUUUGUUCUCGGUCAUCCUGAAGGAGGGCGUGGGCAAGGCCGGCUGGCGCCUGGGCCUCCAGAUCGUGGCCGCCCUGACGGCACUCAGCUUCUUCAUGGGCCUAAUGUACCGGCCCGCCUCGCUAUACCAUCCCCAGCGCCGGGCCAUCCAGCACCUCAAAAAUCAGCGCAAAAAGAUGCGGGAGAAGAAGCCCAUCCUCAGCCAGGAGGUGGACAGCACGCCGAGGUACUUCUUCCUGGACAUAUCAUCUCUGAAGUCGGUCACUGUGAAAAUCCUGCUGAUGACGUCCAGCGUGGCCUCCUUCGGCAUCUACACUCCCAUGUUCCUAAUGGCUCUCAAUGCCGCCGAGCAGGGCUCCGAUGUGCAGGAGUUGGUGCUGCUGCAAACCUUCCUGGGAAUUUCGAUGGCCUUGGGAGUGGUAAUAGCUGGGGCUUUGCUGAGGAGGUGUUUUGUGAUUAGGCACUUUGUGAUCAACACAAAGAUUGUAACUCAGCUGUUCAUAUCGAUUGUGGCCCUGGCCAUCCUGUUCCUGUCCUUCGUCAUGGGCUACACGGGCCUCUGCAUCCUGAGCUGGUUGUACGGAAUCGGACUGGGAGGCUUCCAGUACUCCCUGAAAAUUCUGGCCCUCGAACGCAUCAAGCUGAAACACUUUUCGAAGGCUUGGGGAUUCAUUCGCGGGGUGGAGUCAGUUCCUGUGCUGAUAAGCGUGCCACUCACCUCGUUUCUGAACGAUUACUCGCUCAAAUACGGACGGGCGGGCUAUUACAUAUGCUCCGCGGCGGCAGCCAUCUCGGGAAUUAUAAUAUUCUUCAUAAGUGAGCCCCAGCAGCAGCAUCAUCAGCAGCAGCAGCAGCAGCAGCAGUUGCACCACCACUACCAGCAGAGGAAUGGCCACCUGCCCACCCCCAUCCUGGUGCGGCACUCCUCCGCCCGCCAGCACCGUCCCCACCUGCCGAUGGACUACGGCUACGGGGAGUACCCCGCCCCCGACCUGCUCAGUCGGAGCUGCAUUAGUCUCAAUCAAAUGGAUCCCUAUCUGCAGACCAGCUUCUGCCAAAGGCACAUGUUGCAGCAGCAGCAGCAACAACAGCAGCAGCAGCAGCAGCAACAGCACUCCCACCUGCAGCAGCUGGCCUGCCACAAUCUCGAUUUGCAGCAGCAUCAGGUGCGUGGAGCCUACCAACUCGGUCAGGGGAGCAUCGGCGCCAGGAUGGGGAAGCGUCUGCAGCGCAGCCUGUCCUUCAUCCAGCAGCACAGCAACUGCUGCGACGGCCAGAUGUACUGCAGUUGGCACAGCACCUACGAGCUGGGCUGCCACAAGGGCAACAAGAACCCGGGACCGGCGGACCGCCAGCCAUUGAUGUGCACCUGCAGCAGCCCGAGUCGGAACAUGGUCACCUGCGGACCGCCCGGGCCGCCCAGCUCCACCCGCAGUCGCAGUGUUCCGGAGGGCCUGUCCACGAUGUCGCAGCAGUGCAACUGCCGGCAGGGCCACGGCGCUUUUCCGGCGCCCACGCGGGAGUUCAUCUACGUGCCGCACGCCUACGCCUCCCUGCAGAGGACUCCCCUCCGCCGCAGCCAGGGCGCCCAGCCGGGUGGCCCAGCCGGGGGGAACGCUGCGGGGGGCAACCCGCAGUGCCGCCUAAAGCGCUCCCAAUCCCUUUGUCGACCCGCUGCCGUGCAGUUCGUGGAGCAAAUCACCACGUCCGUAUAAGAAAAUGGCACGUACACUCGGAGAAAAGUGGGAGGAAGGCAGAGCAGAGAAAACUCAUUUAAUUUCAUCAUAGCCACAUAGAAUUAUACAGACUUAAAGGGUCUCUUGAAUUGAAAACAUUCAUUAUCUGGUUUUAUAUGCAACUCUUCCUUCCACUUUCUCCAAGUGUACAACCAACAGAAAAAAAGCAAUGAAAAUCAAGAGGCCCCCGCAACAAUUGGGUCCUAUAAAACCUAUAUUUUGGUAUUACGGUCCCACCCACACACACUCACACUCACUCACGCACACUAACACACACGACUACGUGAACCGCAUGCACAAUUUGCCAGAUCUCUUCUAGUCUUUUGUAGUAGCUCUCUUAGAAACGUAAACUUAAAACUCCAACCGAAUGAAGUCGAAAGUGUAACUGAAAUCCCACGACGCCGAAACAAAAGCGAAACCCGAUGAAUUUUUCACACAGAUCCACAUUUAACUUUUACACACGCAUGCACUAAGCUAGGACGAAGAUUUUACUCAUUAGCAUAUUAAUAUAUUAUAGAGAUUACGGACAGACGGAAAAGCUUUAUCUAUGUCUCAAGAAAAAGUGCUCAGCUUGUGGCCAGUGCAUAAAUAUUAACGAGGUAACUCAAUCGAGCGGAGAACAAGCCGAGAGGAAAACGAUAUGGAAAUGGAAAUGAAAAACAAGUAAACUUCUUAAAUGGUCCAUUUUAUAAACGUGCAUACAAUUUAACCACCGAAACCGACAACCGAUUACCGAUUACCAAUAUAUAUACAAGCGAGUAUGUCUACAUGCAGAUGAAGUCGAUCCAAUUAAAUGACACUUUUCCCCGAGGACAAGACUGUCCUGAGUGCCGAGUUUUCCGUGUCGGCCGAGUACUUUAUUUUUCAAUAACAACUAUAUAUUGCAUAAUUGAGAGGCGUUUAACGGCGGACAGCAGAAGGAAGCCAAACAAACGGCAGUGCAAAUGAAAAUUACUUUCGCCUUACUUUCCAAUCGAAAUAAGGCAUAUGAAGCAAUAAUUAUUGCCAUUAUGAGAGCCGUAAUUAAUUGAAGCCGGCAUGGACAGGACUCAAUUUCAGCCGAAUAAAAGCAUUUUGGUUGGGGAGUAAUGGCUGCCUGUAGUUUUUGAAGUGCUGAACUGAAAAGCUCCUGCUGAAAGUAAUUUUACACCGUGUAUUUUGUAUUUUGAAUGGUACGAAACUAAGCUUUCAGCACUCUUUAAUCUACCGGGAGCACCUACUCCCAUUUCAAUUUAUUUGAAAGGCGAAUCUCCGCCUGAAACUAAUCCCCAAUAAAUUGCAAAAUCUAUGAUCUAAAUAUAAAAAAACUAAAACGAAAACACGCAAAGCCAACUCGUAAAACAUUAGUAAUUCAUUCAAAUAACGAGCAGAAUUUGUAAAAGAGCCAGGUGCAUAAUCAUCUAAAAAACAAGUUUCAUUCCACCAAUUAAAAAAGAGUAUAAUAAAAAGGCAAUACAAUAAAGACAUGAUACGCCAAAAAAGAAGAAGGGGCUGGUGUAAAAUAAACAGAAUAAAUAAAAUAUUUGUACAACUUUAAAGCGGCAAACAAACAGGAAAUGACGACACAAUAAUUCAGGAAAAAUCAUCAGCACGGGAAAACUUUCAUAAAGUGAAUAUUAAAAUAAACUUUUAAACGGAUAUCGGGAAAUAAACAAACGAUUAACAAACUUAAACAAUAUGUUAAAGGAAAGCAAAAAGCAGCAGUCUAACAAAACAGAAAAUCAAUUACGAACGAAUCAAAUGGAAAUAAAAAUAUUAAAGACCAUUUAAAAUCAUACGCACUUUUCCCUCUCCUCUUCUUUGUACAUACAUUUUCAUGGAAAAGCUCCAUAAUGCACGAGUAAAUGGACUUGAGUCAAACCAACUGCCAUAAAACGCAAUAUAAACGAAUCUAUAAAAUUCUUAGAGAAUUCCUUCGCUCCUUCACGGUCAUUAAAUUAAAUUAGAUAUAACUUUCGACUCCAACUUCCUUUUCGCCAAUUGUAUUCAGCGAAAACGAAACACUUAGAAUAAUCUAAUAUUAAACCCCCAAGCAUAUCUAUGUGCCAAUAAAUAAGACGACAUACUAUUUGCAAUUUUGCCGAGAUAACAAAGAGAACUAACCAACUUAAGGUACAACUCGUAGCUAAAACAAUUUUUAUCUGAAGGAAUUUAGAUACGUGAAAUUUUUCAGAGCAGAGCCCAAGCGCAGAAGCCCAGAAACCCAGAUUUGUAACUCUUUAUCAUUAGUAGUUUAGUGUGAUAAAUGUUAAUAAAGAAGCCGUAAACGAAAGCCCUGCCAUUCAAUUCGA